CGAACACCACAGAGCAUAUAUACCCUCAGCUGCACAAAUUUUCCAACUACUCCAACCACCAGAAGCUCAUCGCUCACCAACAAUUCACCCUUUUCGAGUACAAACAAGCGUAUAAACAAGCAAUAAGAGAUGGCUCCACAGACGGUGCUGUGUAUCGGAAUGGCCGGGUCCGGAAAGACCACGUUCAUGCAACGGUUGAACUCCCAUUUGCACUCCAAGAAGCAGGUUCCAUACGUUAUAAACUUGGACCCAGCAGUGCUGAAGAUUCCGUUUGGUGCCAACAUUGACAUCCGGGACUCCAUCAAGUAUAAGAAGGUGAUGGAGAACUAUAACUUGGGUCCGAAUGGUGCGAUUGUGACCUCUUUGAACCUGUUCUCCACCAAGAUUGACCAGGUGAUUCAGAUUGUUGAGAAGAAGUCUUCUCAAUAUGAGAAGGUGAUAGUCGACACGCCAGGACAGAUCGAAUGCUUCAUAUGGUCAGCGUCCGGUGCCAUCAUAACAGAGGCCUUUGCAUCGUCUUUCCCGACGGUGAUUGCAUACAUUGUUGAUACUCCGAGAAACACGUCGCCAACCACCUUCAUGUCCAAUAUGCUGUACGCAUGCUCGAUCCUUUAUAAGACGAAAUUACCAAUGAUCAUCGUGUUUAACAAGACAGACGUCACGAAGGCUGACUUUGCCAAGGAGUGGAUGACGGAUUUCGAAUCGUUCCAGGCGGCUCUGAGAGAACAGGAGGCCAAUGAAACGGAUGGAAGUGGCUACAUGAACUCGUUGGUCAACUCCAUGUCUUUGAUGCUGGAGGAGUUCUACUCCCAGCUGGAUAUCGUUGGUGUAUCGAGUUUCACAGGAGAGGGAUUCGACGAGUUCCUGGAUGCUGUGGACAACAAGGUGACGGAGUACAACGAGUAUUACAUGGCUGAAAGGGAAAGAAUCUUGAAAGAGAAGGCUGAGAAGGAGAAGAAGCGUAAGGAGAAGAGCUUGAACAGCAUGAUGAAAGAUAUGGGCCUGGACGAGGCCAAGAAGGACGAAGUUGACGUUAUCUCAGACACAGAGUCGAUAGAGGAAGGCGAGAACGACGGAUUGGUGCUACGUGAUGAAGAUGAAGGCAUCGAGGCUGAUAGAGAGUACACAUUCCCAGAAGAUCGACAGUCAGGGGAGAUCAACGAUAGAUCCAGCGAGGCUCUACAGCAGAGAUACCAGGAUGCCUAUGAACAGACUGCAAAGAGUGCGUCGAGCCAGACCGCGGAGAACAUAGCGAGAUACAUCAACCAAACUCAAUGAAUCUAUUAGUAUUAUAUACGGCC